AUGAAUAUGACAGCUGAAGACUUGGCCAAUUUUACCACUUUGCCAAUACAGGCAAACUCUUUCAUAAACUGCACAGAGGAAGACUUCUUACUGAUGAAAUACUAUAUCUCUGCUUUUUAUGGGAUGAUUUUUGUGCUGUGUUUCCCAGUGAAUAUUGUUGUAAUCUUCAUGUACUUUUUCAAGAUGAGGCCCUGGAAAAGCAGCACCAUCAUUAUGUUAAACUUGGCUAUCACCGACCUGUUCUACUUAACUACUCUUCCUUUCCUGAUACACUACUUCGCCAAUGGAAAUAAUUGGAUCUUUGGAAAUGUCAUGUGCAAGUUUAUUAUGUUCAAUUUCUACUUUAACAUGUAUAGCAGUAUCCUGUUUCUCUGUUGCUUCAGCAUCUUCCGGUACAUUGUAGUACUCUAUCCAAUUAACUGGAUUUUUGUUCACAAGAAGAAAUGGGCUAUGAUGGCCUGCAUUGUAGUCUGGGUGAUUUCCCUGGGAGCUGUUAGUCCUCUUGGCUUUCUAAUCACCACAAAAAAGAAACAAAACAGAACCAUUUGUAUGGACCUUACUAAUGUUACCAACCUCAAUGCCAGCUGGUGGUACAACCUACUUCUGACUGUGUUUGCCUUCCUCUUGCCUUUGCUCAUUGUGACACUUUGUUACUCUGCAAUUAUUUACACCUUGGAUAAAGGGCCCAACAAUCACACUUCUUACAAGCAGAAGGCUCGCAAACUUGCCAUCCUAAUCUUGGCGGUCUUUUAUGUGUGUUUCCUACCCUUCCAUAUCUUUAGAGGGGUUCGGAUAGAACUACAACUGUAUCCAGUUAGCUGUCCAAUUAAGACCCAGAUCCUUGGUAUAUUUACCGCAACUAAACCUUUAGCGGCACUAAACGUAGUUGGUAACUUAUUACUGUAUGUCGUAAUGGGAGGUAACUUCCAAAGGGCUGUCCUCUCUGUUUUGAAAUUUAGGACAAAAAAAAAAUCUGAACUAGAAAGACAGUAA